AUGUCAGCCCUGCUGCUCUGCGCCCUAUAUAUCUAUGAUCUUCACACUCUUGAUGCUGCUACUGACGAGUAGAUGCUCACUCACCUGGCUCUUCGAGCCGCUCCGCGUUCCGUUCUGCGCCUACCAGCCUUCCACCGACGCGCCAUGUCUUCCUUCACGCUCGACAAAGACAUCUUCAACCCGACGCUCUACAAGAAGAUCCUGGAUGUGUGGUUCGAAGGCCAUGAGCUCGGCGCGAAAGAGAUUAACAUGGAUGUCGUGAAGAGAUGGUUUAUGGGGUCGCCGGAAGAGAAGCUGGUGUUUGACGGCGUGUGCCGCGAGCACUUUGGACACGCGUUGGAAGCCAUUGGGCCCGAACUGUUCCCCAAUCCGAAUGCGGAGCCUUUCGUACGAGAGAUUCAGGAGACGGCGCAGCGGGACACUAAAGGCGACGGCAGCGACACAGCCUGGGCAGCGCUGAGCAUCGUUCUGCUCCUAGACCAGGUUCCGCGCAAUCUCUUCCGUACGAACGAGGGCCUCGCAAAGGUGUACACCCAUUACGACAAGAUCUCGCAGUCGCUCGUGAAGACAAUGCUAUCCCCAGACGCUCCUAUCGGACGCCCUGACCUCCACCCUCAAUGGCGAUUCUCCUUUCCCUACCGUAUGUGGUUCUAUCUCCCUCUCUUGCAUUCCGAGGACAUUGACGCUCACGAUAUGCUGGACGAGAUAUACGCGAGGCUUGGAGAGGAUAUGGGGAGGGAGGAGGGCCACGAGGCGGAAAAGGUCUUUCUGGCUCAAAGCAUCAAGGCGGAAAAGGAGCACAGGCAUAUCCUAGACAAGUUUGGACGGUACCCGCACCGUAAUUACGCGCUCGGGAGGGAGCCGACGCUUGAGGAGAAGAAAUACCUUGAAGAGGGUGGUAAUACCUUCGGUGUAGCGCAAGAGAAGCGGGGCUCGUAAUUGGCGUAGAACCGGCAGAGCGUGACGCAAUUGUAGUGGAGGCAUUCUGCUUCUUCUUGUGGGUAGCCCUCAAUUUGAAUGUCCUCCAGCCUGA